AUGUCCACUAGUAUCCUAUUAUGCUUUCUUACUGUAUGUUGAAUGCCUGUACUUUAGUUGCAGCCUAAAUUACAUCAAUGAAUGUGUAAUAAUUGGCCUUUUCUGUAUGGAUUAAAUUGUACAGGUGAAAGUUACUAAAGUGCAUGUUGAUGGAGUUAGAAGAACAAAAGAUGAUUUUGUAUCAGGGGUUAUUGAAGACUCGGGAAUAUUGGCUGCCAAAACCAUUGAAGAGGUAUACAGUAAAUGCUUUGGAGACUAAAUUACAUCAUGCAAUAGAAUGUGAGACGUUAAGAUUGACAUCCAAACCAAAGUAUAUUCAUCACGUACUACUGUUGCACAAACAUUGCAUUUAAUGCAACAAAUUAGGGCUAUGCGCAUGCCUUUGCACACACUUCAGCUUAUCUCUUCAUUCGCCGCUGCCAAUUAACUGAUCCAGGCGAAUGAAAACAUAAGGGCCUGAUACGCAGGUUACAGGUUAUCAAUAAUUGUGAUUUAUUGCAUGCCUUGAUUAAGCUGCAAUGCAAAGUAUAUAAAACCCUUACACUAUACACAUCAUAUAUUUCAACAAAAAUUAUAAACUCAUAAAUGUCUUUCAAAAAUUCCAACACAAUAGUCUAGCUGUAGCAAAUAUUUCGUAUCUCUGACACAAUAACGUUAACGUGCAUUGCCAUGGAGCUAGAAAUACCGGUAUAGAAGGUACUUCUAGCGCAAUAAAUCAAUGGCUUUUAAAACUCUGAAGAAUCGAAAUUCCAGUGCAUUCAUCGUACACCACCACAGACCUGACAAACCCACUGACAAGCCCACCUGUGCACCUCUGGGAUUGGCCUGAUUUUCUGUCGUUUUGAAUUAGGGUCUUAGCUAGGAUUUUAGAUCUUGGGCGUGUUUCUAAAUGACCAGGGUGCAGUGUAUAUUUCUAGUUAUGCUCGCCAACAACAGAAAAUGCCUGUGGUUGUUGUAUGCUUUGCAAUCAAAUACAAGGCUACGCUCACAUUGCGUACUGACAUUAAAAUAUUAAGUUAUUUCAGCAACUCUUGGGGGUAUUUAAAACCAUUUUAAUACCAUAUGGUCCCCAUUAUCCAUCAAAACAUUAAAACAUCACAGAUCACUUUUUCCAAUUUCAACAACUACAGUAGAUUUUAGAGACUUUCUUAUGACGUAAAUAGGAAGAAUUCUGUCUGUUCUAAGUAGCAACACUUUAUUUUAUGAACCUACAGUACACGGGCUUACAGUAUAUAAAUAAUGACGCCGCGUUCAUUUUAUCUAGCCAUGUUUUGGCCGCGAUAACACGGCCAACCCGACCUCUAACUAAGACCCUGGUUUGGAUAUUUUAGUGUUUACAGGACAUGAAACCGUGGAGAUUAUCACUUACUAACUUACUUUCAUGGUAUUGCUUUUCAUGCUUGAGGAAUUCCACAUUAUAGAACACUAAAACACUGUCAUGAUUUAUUUCCCCACAGGUACUUAAAUAUAGUCAAAGAGCUAAAUCAAUAUUUGAAAAAUUAGGGAUUUUUAAAUCAGUGGACAUUUGCUUGGACAAAGAUGAAGGUAACAUAUUGUGUAUAAUGUUGUGUCACUGUAUAUAAAAGUUUCUGGAAACGAUAAAGAAACCACUGACAGUGCCUAUGUUUAUUACUUUAAUGAAUGAUAUUUAAUUAUUUAUGAAUUUUUUGGUCAGCAAUGACAGUUCAAGAAAACCUCUGUCUCCGGUAUCUUACCCCAGGUUUGAUUUUUACCCUAUCCUAGUAUCCUGCCAUUUCGAAUUUUGGAUACCUCUUUCAUUUAGUUUUGAAAGCAUGGCAACUAAAUGAUAUAAAGACUGAAAGCAAUUUGUAUCCAAAUUGUAUUCCAGGAAAAAAACCCCUCAAACAGCCCUGCCUCACCCCACUCAGUUCCUUGGGUGAGAUGCCUGCAGAGGAAGCUAACAAAUUGCAUGAAUAUAACCAUAGGAAUGUCAAGGGGGUGGGGUAAUUUUCCAAAUGAAUAUAUUACCAUCUUUCAUAGCUGGAAAUUUCUUGCAAUAUGUAGCUUACAGAAAUUUAGAGCCUAUCACUGCUUUCAUAGUUAAAAAAUAUUGUUACAGCUUUGUUUACACACUCGGUUAUUCAGCUAUCAUUCAAAGGUUUUCAGAGAUCACUGCCCCCCGAGUAUCCGCAUUUGCAUAUCAACACAACAGUACAGACAUUGCACAAUUUACCCUUUAAUUGGGAACACGCCCUGAUGUGCCCUGCUUAAUUAUUUUAGUCUGUCUAAAGCCAGACAAUAUUACUCAUCAAGGGGAGAGUGCUGCCACUCAAUGGUUAACAUACAAUAAGACAGUGCACCCAAAGAUAGCGUUCAAUUACAUACGGGGUAUAAAACAUGCUUGAGCAGUUGGCGUAGGUUGAGGCUAGUAGCGGUUGUAUUUAUAGCAGUGAACAAGUGGACGGUACAUGUGUUUAAGUAGGAAUUUCGGGCUCGGUUGGGGGCAAGUUCCGCUAAUACGUUCAGUUCGUAAGAAACGUAACAGCCUAUAUUCGCUGUGAAUUUGAACAAAAUACUUAUAGAAGGUAAAAAUAUUGGAGUAGAGGGAUAAAGAUGUUAGCAAAUUGAACAGUCACACAAUUAACUGUACUUAUUGACUGGGAUCUUUGAGAAAUAGUGUGUUUUCAUUGUUUUGUUUUGGAUCAUCACCAAUGUUGGUAGCUAUAAGACGUUAUGUUUCCCGAAGGUUUCGAUCAAAAAAUUAUUAUAUGGCAACAGCUGUGAGUCAUGAACAAUAUUUUUAUUCUCCGGUGAAUAAUAAAUUCGUUCAAUUUGACACUUCGUGUGUACAGUUGGAAAACGGUAUAAUAAGCAAUUUUAUAUAGAACCCAUCUUCAGCAAACACGCCUUGAAGGCACAGUUCAGCCUUUUGAAUAAUGGUUUUUAAGGCGCAUUUCAGCCCUUUUUAAUUGAAAAAACUAACUAGGAAAAUCAAUUAAGCAUAAUUCAAGAUCAGUGAUUUCAAUGUUUUUACAUUCUCUAACAUUUUUAAUGUUACAAACAUUGAGUACACUGAUCUUGAAUUAUGGUUACUUGAUUUUUCUUGUUAUAGUUUCUUCAAUUAAAAUGGUUGUAAUGCGUCUUAAAAACCAUCAUUCAAAAGGCUGAACUGUGCCUUUAACAACUUUCAGAAAAUGAUGGUAUUGAAGUGACCAUGGAUUGUAAGGAGUUCCUGAGAGUUGGUGGAUCAGCAGGUACACAAGUUGGGACGAAUGAGGGUAAUAUGGUGA